AUGAAGUAUCCCAUGAUAAUCGGUGACGUGUUUUAUUUCUUCACCUGCAAGGGCUGCAACAAGAAGGAUGAACUUGUGCUCAAAGUGAAACCAAAAUGGUCAGAUAUACUUCUCGUAGUUUUAUAUAGCUUACAAGAACACUCUAGCAAUAUCAGUAGAGAUGGAUAUUUUCAUUGGAAAGUGCAUAUUUGUAGCUUUAUCAAUGAACACUGGAAGUCUUUGUUUGGAACACCGAAGAGCAAAAGAGGACCCAAUUGGCGAGCAACAGUCACCGGGACCUUGGAUCACUAUCAAUCAUAUUUCAAAUCUCGAGAAUCUACACCUGGCUGGUGGAAACUUACUCAUGCUUACUGGCCGCAACGCGUUAUUGAAAUUUGUGAGAAGAAAAAGGCACCUGAACUACUGGAGCCCCCAUUUGAAGAUGGUGAAAAGAAGGUCAGGCGUAAAACAGCAUCAAAGGUUAAAUCUACUCCGAAAAGGACCUCUAAGAAAACACCAAUAACCAAUAACAAAGAUGAUGUUCCCGAAACAAAUGGUUUUGACUCUGACGACCAGGUUGUAGAAGGAACAGUAGCUAUGACAUUAAUCCCUAAUCCACCGCAUGAAAAAUUGUAUGAUCAUCACUACUGCCGCCAAUACUUAGUUCCUAUUAAUGCAAGACUUUUACAAAAUGGAGGGAAUUACUAUAGAGAAGACCCAUCCGAAUCUUUCAAUAUUCCAACAUCUGAAAGUUUACCUAUUGAAGCAGGAAACACUGGCCAAGCUAGCAAUUCCUUCACUUACUCCAACUUCUCCGAAAGAUUAACGGAAUCAGAGAUUCCUGCCUUACUAGCGCAAGUGAGAAAACCUGUUCGGACACGGAGAGCAAAAAUUUCGAAUCUAGAAACUCUUCUCAAUAGUAUUGAUGAAGAAUUCCCUUCGUUGUGCAAUUUCUCAGAAGAGGAAGAACAUGAAUUACUUAAACGGAUUUACAAAGUUACUCGCAUCAUUCCCAAAGCAGAUAAGUACAAGGUUCUGCGGAAACUUUUUCGCAUCUUAGACCUACGAAGAUUUAGGCGGAUGAAUGACGUCAGCAUGUUAUCCUCUUCGGACCCAAUCAGUGAUGACUUAGUCGAAGAAAUGCGGAAAAAAACCCAGCAAGACGCCCUCAGACAUUUUGAAACAGUGCACACGGAUGAGUCCCAUCCAAACUGGUUUAAAGAUGGAACCCAAUGGAAAACAUACUCGAGUCCUUACACGUCCAGGGUUUUGAAACCGCUGAUAUUCAGGGACAACAGCAUGAAACCAGUGUGGCUGAAAUUAAUGGAAGAAAUUAGGCAUGCUGUGUUCUUGAAGAAACUUAAAUCAGCGGACGGGUCUUCGCAAGAGAACUUGAGUUUUGAAUCUUCAGAUACAUCAAUAGACUAUAGUUAUGUCAGCCCCCAUUUUCUACUAGCGUUAAAUUCUCUGUCUUGUCGAUUUUUCUGGCCCGGAAUUCAGUUGCUCGAGUGUCUACAUUAUCCUGAUUUUACAUGUGUAGCAACCUACAAAAAAUUAAUAAUAGGAUUUGGAGUCAUGAUACCCAAUCUGGAUGUCAAUGAAGCGUAUAUUACUUAUCUUUUUGUCCGGCCCUAUUGGCGCAAAUGCGGUAUAGCCACAUUUAUCAUCUAUCAUUUAAUUCAGAGUUGUAUGGGCAAGGACAUAACCCUACAUGUAUCAGCCGACAACGAAGCCAUUUUUCUCUACCAAAAAUUUGGUUUUAAAAUUGAAGAUUACAUAUUGAAUUUCUAUGAUCGGUACAUGCUUUUAGAUUCUACUGAGUCAAGACAUGCGUUUUUCCUCCGAUUCUCUAGAUAGUGCGGACAGUCGAUUUUGAAGUUUCAGCCAAUGAGAUGAAACACACCCCUGUAAGAUGCUUUUAGUCUCUCUUAAUUUUUUUUGUACCUAAACAGUUGUUCAACUACCUAUCAAUGCUUAGUAAAAUGUUGUUUCAUUAUUUUUAAAUUUUUUUUUUCCAUCUAAGUUUUGUAAACAAUGGGUUUAGUUGGGCUAGUCGCAGACUUACGUUUUGAUUGUUAAAUAUACUAGAUCAACAAAUUAUACGUAGAUUGAUCCGAAUCUGUUCCUUUCCCCUGUAUAACAGGAAUAUUAAAAUUUGAACAAUAUGUAAAAUGUUAUUCAGGUUGUUUCGGAAGUGUAAUUCCGUCAAUAAUCAGAGUUUCCAUAAUA